AUGCAAGCUCUAAAACGGAAACGUUCUAGAUUGGCCUGUAACCCAUGCCGGGAGCGCAAGAGGAAGUGUGAUGGUAACGCCCCGUGUACUACCUGCGUUGAGUGGGGAUACGACUGUUACUACAAAGACCGGAGACAGGCUAAACAGCCAACACCCGAUGCACAGCCUAUAUCCCGAUCUUCACCACAAAAUGGUACUGGACCUGCUAGUCAAGCAACUGAGUCAGAUCAGUCCGGCUUAAUACGCCGCCUAGAGGCCAACUCUGGAGCUGCCUUUGUAAGAAAACUGGGAUUGAAGAUUGAUCCAGCAAAGGCGCCAAAGCUCAACCUAUUUGGGUGGAACAUUGGUGCUCGACAGUUGUCAUCGCAGCUGAUUAAUCCUACCGCGCUACCCGUGGUCGAAAUUACAUCGCUUGAACAUAUAAGUAGCCUAGCUCACGUUUACUUCAACAAAGUAGACCCAUGUUAUGGAUUCAUCAAUCAGGAUAUCUUCUUUGAGCGACUGAAUGCGCGCUGGAACUCACAGUUAUCUUCGAAUUUAUAUGACAGUGUUUUAUGUGGCGUGGCUGCGAUUGGAUGUCUAUUCUCCCAACGUAUUGCUACGAUCACAGAACUACAGCUAGUUCGCAGCGCCCGCUUCACUUUGGAUAUGCUUGAUCUUGUCGGACCGCCAUCUGUGGACCUCAUCACUGGAUGGGCACUUCGAGCAAUGUAUCUUCGAUUCACUGACUCACCACACUCAACAUGGAUUGCUAGCUCGACCUUGAUGCACCUGGUUGAAGCUUCGGGACUGCACCCCGAGCCACCAAGUGAUUCAAUCCUGCCACAUAAUGACCAGUGCGAUCCAGAUCCAGAUAUUCAAAGGCGAUUGGUUGGAAUUGCGCACCACCUUAAUAUAUGGACCUCAUACGAUCUAGGUCUUUCACGGGUAUCAUUUCAGAAACAAGAUUUGCCAUUGCUCCCAUCACCAAAACCUGGUGAUUACACUGGGGAACUUCUGAACUUGUUACCAAUGUCGGUGAGCUUAGACCCAGGAAAAAUGAAAGACGAGACGGAUUUGAAUUCAACCCUUUCCACUCUUCUGAACGGAAGCCAUACUCGGCCACCGUCAGUUCUAGCGCAGUGUAACCUUGUACUUUGCAUCCUAAGACGCAUUCAUACACAAAAUCUUGACAUAUCAUCCAUUCUAGCAGAUAACGUUCUGUCAUUACUAAAAAAGGCACUCGGAUGUGCUCGGAGCAUGACACUGGAUUGCUCCCCGUGGCAUCAGAUUGCAAAUGUGCCUUUCCAUAUCAUUUGCGUCCUCCUUGUCAUGGACACUCGUGCGUCCCUUCAAAUGCUUCCCGAAGCUAUGCAGACUUUGAGUCUAGUCGCUUCUACAUAUGAUACUGAGACUAUGCGCGAGGCCUAUAGUGCAGCAUGUUUGCUGGUCAUGCUCCAUCAGCAACGCAGAAGGGAUGAUAUUGCCAUUCUUGAAGAAGCUCUCACGGGACCCCGACGAGAGCAGCAAUUCGUGUCUCCACCACAAUUUCAGCCCAGCGCUGAAGAAUAUUCUUGGCUUGGUGCUCUUGUGGCUGACCUUCCAGGGUUGCAGAGAAUUGAUUUGGAUCAGUUCUUAAAUACAGACGUGAUAGAUGGCUCAUAUUUUUGA